UGUAGACAGAAACAGCCGACAGCCAAAGCCCCCACACUGCUGACAGCUCGUAUACCAGCUAGAGUAGCUGAGUGGAGCCAUGUUUUGUUGCUGGCGUUAAGUAGAAGUCACGUAGGACACAGCGCUGAAGCACUAACCUGAAUUUCCCGGCGCAGACACACCAACCUCUGUGGGAGGUUCCGUGUUAACCUUUGGGCUGCUGGUGGACUGGCUGCAGAGGCCAUGAUUUAAUUCUCAUCUGUUGACAAGCAGCAAAAGCAAUGUCUGUCAGCUGCCUCCUGCGAUGCAUCGUCAGGCUAAAGAGGAAACAUGUGGUCACACAUUUAGCCCAACAGAGGGCUCUGUCAGGGGCAGAUGCUGUCAAUGCACUCAGACCGUUUUAUUUUGCGGUCCAUCCUGACUUCUUUGGUCAGCAUCCCAGAGAGCGGGAAGUGAAUGAGAAUUCAUUAAAGAGAUUAAACGGCUAUUUGGAAAACCUGCAGAAGCCAGGCUCACGCUCAGUUCAGCCAAUGAAGCUCACCUUUUAUGUCAGGGACACAAAGGACAGCAGCGAUAUGCAGCCAGAUCUCCUCACCUCAGGGUUCCGGUCAGUGAGUUUCACCCUGCACACAAACGAUGUCUUGAGCACAGUGAUGAAUGUCUUAAAGUCCUGCAGCCUGCCUGUGGAGCACAUGAAGGGACUGAAUGAAAGUGCAGAGAAAUCCAAAAGUACACCUGAGGCAGCUGUGCCUUUCUACAGACCUAUCAAAUGGGAUAAAAGCUACUACACCUUCACUGGCUUCAGAGACCCCGAGCAAGAGCUGCAGCAGGCCAGGAGAGUGGAGCCCACUCUCAGCUUGUGGUUGAGAAACAAUGAGCCUGAGGCGACAAAGAAGCACAAUGCUAGUCUUCCUCGGAGAGAAGAGUUGAACAGACUGAAGAAGGAAUUGUGUCACAAAUUUGAUCUGGCUGAUAUCAGGUGGCAGCGCAGCUGGGGAGUGGCCCACAGGUGCUGUCAGCUACAGAGUCUGAGCAGACUGUCUCAGCAGAGCCCAGAGGCCCUGAUCAACCUACAAGGACACACCGUUGUGUUUGCUGACCAGUCAGGGAUGAACGCCUCAGGACAUGUAAUGCUGGGAACCAUGGACGUUCAUCAUCAGUGGAUUAAACUGUUUCAACAGCUGCCCAGCUAUCGCAGCCUGCAGCAGCAGACAGACUGGCUGAAGGAGAGGAUCAGCCUCCUGCUGGGAGGCACUCAGGUGGUCCACCUGGAGAGGCUGGGACUAGUUCAGCCCAUGGCCGAGCACUACAGCACCCUCAGCACCUUCCAUAAGACCCUGAUGUCCCGACGCCUUCGCCUGCACCCCCGCAGCCUGCAGGGCCUCACCAUGUUGUUGGAGAAUGACCGCUCUAACCCCAGUCUUCAUGAGAUGGGACACUUCAUCAUCCCCACCAACUGUGACCCCCCCAAGCUGCAAGUCUUCCUCCAAAGCCACGCCCCCGAGGCCAGACAGCGCACCCAACGCAAAAACCAGCUGCAGGCGGAGGAGGAGGCUGUGGUGAAGCAGUGUCUCCAGAGUCUGUCCCUGAGGAGUCUGUCCAAGGAGCCAAGUGUCAGCUCCAGUCAGAUGAUCCUGUGCUGCAAACGGCUGCUGGAGCAGCGCUCCCCCCUCAUGCAGGGCCUCCACGUCUGCGUCUCUCACUUCUACUCCGUCAUGCAGGACGGGGACCUGUGUCUCCCCUGGGACUGGAAGAGCUGAACUUAGAGAAAGUCCGAUGUUUUUAGCCGGUUUAAUGUUGUUGAAGCAGAAAAUAGACGUCUCUAACAGGAUGUUUGUCAGGGGUCAGAGGUCACUACAGAUUUCUGCUGGUUCUCAAGGGAAAACUUUGUUUAGGGGUUUUAUUAAGGCUGACCAGUUUGGACUCAUCCAGUAAGAUGCACUUUAUCCUCCUGCUCAAAAAAAAGCCAAAUAGAGGAAGAACUGGAUGGUCAUUAGAGGCCAGUGCGUCCCAUCCUGGGUGGGUGUGGGGUGUCGGGGCAAUUCACUAAAUAUUUCAAAAGAAAGGGAAGAAGAGCAAAAAGCAUUUCAGCUACAAAUGUUUGCUUCUGUCCUAAAACAGAAAAUUUGACCUCUUCAGGAAUCAGUAAUAGAAGGAUGAUAAGGGACGGGGGCAGUGCCUGACUGGGAACCAGUGACAGAGGUUCAGGGUUCAGGUGAUGAGGGUUGAAAGCUUAUCGUGUGACCGUCACUAUUUACUGUAUUUACUGUUGCUGAGUGAAGUGCACUGAGAAAGAGUUAAACAAUGGUUGUGUUCAUUGUGUUAAAGGUACAGUCUGUGAGCUCAGUGUCAACUAAAAUACUUACUGAACCACCACAUUUACUACCCUGGGUUCUAACCUGUUAGGAUUCUGAUUCACAGACUGACACCAGAAAAGUUUCCUUAAAAUAAACUCAUUCGUGGAGUGGAAUCAGAGGAAAGCAGCUCAAACCGAGGCGUCUUCCGCCCCCCUCCACACACCUGACCAAUCACUGCGGCCACAGCUUCCAGAGUGCCAGCGUCCCCAGAUCCUACUCUGAAACAGAGACUGUGUGUGAUGAAGGGUUGCUUCACUUUUUUUUCACACAUUUCAGAUGCUGGUGCACAGUCUUGAGUCCAGAGCUGGAGUCCAUGGGACUGUGAAGGAAUAGUUGAUCACAUACGCUCCCUGAUUCUCACACAGCUCUCAGUAACACCUUAUAGAAACACUGCUAGAAACAUGUAAUCAUCUGUCCAUAAUGGAAGAACGGUGAUUGAAUAAUGGAACAACUUUUUUAAUGUAACAUGUUAUUACAUUUUGAUUGAGGUACAAAAAAGGUACGAAAUAAAGGUUAUAACUUAUAUUGUA